GUGGUCCCGCCGCGAGACGCGCACCUCGUCCUCGACGCCGAGCCAGCGUCGCCCUUGCUUCCUCAUCACUCAUCCCUCUCGCCCACGCAGCACCAUGACAGCCGCUGCGCUCGACCUCUCGCUGGCGCCCCUCGUCGGUGCCGCACUGCUGGCCGUGGCGGUGCUGCACUACCUGCACUACGCACGCGGCCGCAUCCACCUGCCCGGGCCCGUGCCGUGGCCGGUCUUCGGCAGUCUGCUGCAGCUGGGCGAGGACCAUGCACAGACGUACCUCGCAUGGUCGCGCAAGUACGGCCCCGUGUUCAAGGUGCGCCUCGGCGAGCGCGAGGUCGUUGUUGUCAACACGGCCGCGGCGUCCAAGGAGCUCUUCAACGACCAGGGCAGCACAUACAUCUCGCGCCCGCUCUUCAAUGCCUUCCACAAGGUCGUGAGCAGCACAGCCGGCUUCACCAUCGGCACGUCGCCGUGGGACGACAGCUGCAAGCGCAAGCGCAAGGCCGCCGCCACGGCGCUCAACCGGCCGGCCGUGCAGUCAUACGUACCCAUCAUCGAUCGCGAGACGCUCUCGCUGGUUGAGGACGUGUGCAAGGACGGCGAGGACGGCAGUCAGAGCAUCGACCCGUACGCCUACUUCCAGCGGUAUGCUCUCAACGUCUCACUCGUCGUCAACUAUGGCUCGCGGCUUGACCAGGUCGGUGACUCGCUGCUCAAGGAGAUCGUCGAGGUGGAGACACAAGUGGCCAACUUCCGUUCAGUGUCGGGGCAGAUGAGCGACUACGUGCCAUUGCUGCGUCACCUGCCCUGGAACGCAGCCGGCACGGCAUCGGCGGGCGCCAGCACACGCGUGCGGCGCGACAAGUACAUGAAGCUGCUCCUCGAUGACCUCAAGGCACGCAUCGCGAAGAAGACGGACAUCGCAUGCAUCUGCGGCAACAUCCUCAAGGACCCCGAGGCCAAGAUCAACGAUGCCGAGCUGUCCUCGAUCAACCUCAGCAUGGUGUCGGCUGGCCUCGACACGCUGGCCAACACGUUUGUCUGGAGCGUCGGAUACCUGGCCAAGCACCCGGAGAUCCAGGAGAAGGCGCUCGCGGCGAUCAAUGAUGUCUACCACGGCGGCAUUCCCGACUCGCUGACCGAGGACGUGCCGUACAUCACGGCGCUGCACAAGGAGUGCUCGCGCUUCUUCUCCGUGCUCAAGCUCAGCCUGCCGCGCGCCACGCUCGGCGACUCGACGUACCGCGGCGUGCACAUCCCCGACAACACGACCGUGUUCCUGAACGCAUGGGCCAUCCACCACGACGAGGCGCGCUACAACGACGUCGACGUCUUCCGGCCCGAGCGCUUCCUCGACGCCAAGGAGCAGAGCGUGCAGAGCCACUACAGCUUCGGCGCGGGCCGCCGCAUGUGCGCCGGCGUCUUCCUUGCCGAGCGCGAGCUGUACAUUGCCUUCUCCAAGCUCAUCUACUUCUUCCGCAUCCUGCCCGGCGAGGAGGACUACGACAUCGACCCGGCGACGGCGUGCGCCAACCCGCGCGGCCUGAGCUCGGCGCCCAAGCCGUUCAAGGUGCGCUUCGAGCCGCGCAACCUCAGCUCCAUCCGCAGCUUCCUCGAGGAGGAGAAGACCAAGGCCGAGCACGCCAUGGCCGCCGGCAUUGGCGCCGGCUCGACGGCCGUGGAGAAGGAGGCGGCGGCGGCAUGAGCUGGGCAGUCAGACG